UCUAGUGCACGCGUUGCAAUCGUUCCACCUCCAGUGUUUCCUCUGUUAAGUGCUUAAUUUAUGCAUGUAAAUUGUAAGAACACAAAAGUAUUGCUAUAAUGUUGACUACUGUACAACGUGAGAUAAUAGAAGCUAAUCCUAUAAAUUACCCUUUUGGUAAUACUCGAAGUCGAAAUGUGUUGCAAGACUUCAACUAUGAAGUAGGGGGUCUUAACCCAUGCAGUUCAUCUUUGAAGGUUCUUUUUCUGGGUAGUGGUGACGUGAGAAACAUACUUCAUGUUUCAAGAAACAAAAUUUGCAAUGGCAUGCAAAUCCAUGCAAAUGACCAAAAUCCAUCAGUUGUAGCACGCAACAUCACUAUUUUGAAAAUAAUAUCAGCAUCUGAUUUCAACCCCGAAGAUGAUGAAGACAUAGCUUUCCUUUGGGAUGUUUGGUACAAUCUUGAAUGGCCAGAAGUCACCCGUAAGAGAUUUCUAGGAGUUUUGAAGGACCUGUUGAAUGAUUUGUUCCCUGAAAAUGUCUCAUUCCCCAAAACUAGUCAGUCUGAAAUGUUGAAGAAAGUGUGGAGUUCUUGGCUUUCUGUUUUGUCGAAAACUGAAUCUGAAGCUAGAGUUUUAAUGGAAAAAGUUGGCUUAGAAAGGAAGAUGUCUAUUUCUAAACAAUGGCAGCUGUUGAAUCGAAAAGAAUUGGAAAACGCUAAAAACUGCGAUUCCUUUUCGAUGGCCAUUGAUGCAUUAGCUUUUAACUUGGAAAGAAGUAUUGGGCUUGAAGGAUUGAACGAUUCUGCGAGGCAGAAAAUUCGUGAAGAAGCUAAGCACUAUUUUGAAAAAGGUAGCUGUCGACUUGAAAACGAUAUCAAGAUCGUUUGUCUUAAUCCAACAUUGCUUGACCACGCAACACUCCGCUGGACACUCAGUUAUUCACUGUGCCCUUUUGAGGGAUACUUGCCGCUAGUUAAAGAAGAACUGGACACUUCAAUCAAAAGCAAGAUGAUGAUGAUACGUUCCUGCCAGAAAAUUCUCAAAAACCUUUUGUCUUGCUAUCGAAAACGCCUCUCUGACGGGAAAACCUUUGAAUUGUUCAUCUAUUUGGAGGAUGCCAUUGAGUUCUGCUAUUCCGAAAACGUCAACAAGUUCGACGUCAUUGACUGCUCCAACAUUGCAGAUCAUGUUGGAUUAGCGAAUUUGAUCCUCGCAUGCAGCGGAAAGUUGUCAGAUCACCCAUCUGCAAUGUUGUUCACCGAAACUAUAAGAUGGUUCGAUUUUAAAUCUGUGAAGUUGUACCUCGAGAAAGCCCUCUGUUGCCCGUUGAGCAUCCAACUUUAUAUGGAUUGCGUCUCAAAAGCCGCAUCGAACUAGGAUUGCCUGAAUUUGUUGACUUGCGACGCUUGAUGACGCCCCCUGUUGAGGUUUGCUGGCAACGAGCUCCUCCCUUUCGUAACGUUGGCAUGUCACCAUCUUCUGUACUGGACGAAUUCCUGGAUCAACGACGAUGAGUUAGCGAACGUUUGCUUUGAUGCAAAAUUUCCUUUACGAAUCACUGGUGCCCCUCCCGGAGCCGGAUGUGGCAUGUUGCUGUACACCCCGCAAACCUUCAGCUACGUAGUGAACUCGAUGAUUCAACGGCUUGGAGGAGACCAUUGGCUGAAAAAAGAUUUCAGGCGGGCGGAGAUGCAUCCCAAUUUUCAACUUGCUAGACGAACACUUGAUGCUUGGAAAGAUGGCCAGAAGAUUCUCAAGUUAUCCGCAAACAUUCCUACUGCGUCAUGUGAUAAGAUGGCUUCUCUAUUAGGAAUUCCAAGCAUUCGAUUGAUACUCCUGCCGAAAGCGAAGCAUGGAAACUGUUACGACUUUUCUGGACCAGGUGUCCAUUUCAUCGACAACUUUCAAUUGAAACUGGAAAAGUGCUCAACCGGAUUCC